UUGCUGCUCUUGUAGCCACCAUGUAGCAUUCCGCUUUCAAAGGAAAGAGUGUUAUUCGAUUAAGUUAUUUAUACGACUAUUAAUACAUAUUACAUUAUAUAACGUAUUAUAGUCCUCAUAAAAAUAUACCAUGUCGUGCAUUCGCCGUUGUGGAAAAGUAAUUUUGACACUUUGCAAAUCUUUACUAUUUCUUUAAAUGAUUUGUUUCAUCACUGCGGUUUGUCAUCAACACGACUUAUCAAGUAUGUAUUUAUGUAAAAGUAUUAAGCUAUACACAAUUUCCGGUGUAUAGGAUUUUUGAUAUAAUGUCGAUUUGGAUGUGUGUAUUCAGUGUCCCAUGUUAUGGAAGGCAUCACAAGGUCAUGCAUGCAGCCAGGCCUCUAACCUGCACUUUUUACACCCCAGCCCUAGAGCCAGUGUGCUUCCAGUAGGUGGAGGCUCUUCCUCCUUUUUUCUCCAUUCUCCCCCCUCUGGCUCCGACAAGUCCAGAGUUCCCUAUGUUCACUCUGUUGAGCAUGUUUUACUAUAUCUGUCUGCGGCGACGCUCCAGGAGCGGGACUCGCGGCGAAGCACUGACCAGUCGACGAGCUGUGGAGUCUGGUCAACGAGCGAUAUUACCUGUCAGCGUGGAAGUGGAGCAGUAUGCAAAGGAGGUUUUGGACUUCAGCUCUCAUUACGGCAGUGAAAACAGCAUGUCGUACACCAUGUGGAACCUGGCUGGUGUACCCAAUGUCUAUCCCAGCUCCGGGGACUUUACACAGACUGCUCUGUUCAGGACUUAUGGAACAUGGUGGGAACAGUGUGCAAGCACGCCGCCACAAUUACGGCGCACCCCUAAAGGCUUUUACAGCCAGGAUUAUAUCGAGCUGGGCUUUGAGGAGCCAGUUUACCCUACAGCUGUGGAGGUGCUUGAGACUUACUACCCCGGUGCCAUUGUCCAGAUUCUGGCCUGCUCACAUAACCCCUUUUCCCAGAAUCCUCCAACGGAUGUCAGGUGGGAGGUGUUAUGGUCAGGGGAGCCCGUCAAGGUACUGACACCCCAGGCACGCCAAUUUUCACCAAACAUCAAGCACAUCAAUUUCCCUACCAACCUGCUGCGCCUGGAGGUCAAUAGCUCCCUGUUGGAUUACUAUACCGAGCUGGACGCCGUCAUCCUACGUGGUGUGAAAGAGAGGCCCAUGCUCGCACUCUACAAGAUGCCCGUCAUCGACAUCACUGACCUCAGCGACAGCGAGGAAGACCUGUCUGAUGUGGGAGGUCCAUUCAGACAAUGUGCAAACAGCAGGACAGGCAACGGCUUCUUUGACAAACUGCCCUAUGAGCUCAUUCAGUUGAUACUGAGCCACCUGACCUUGCCAGACCUCUGCCGUCUGGCCCAGAGCUGUAAGCUGCUGCACCAGCAUUGUUGUGACCCGCUCCAGUACACCCAGCUGAGUCUGCAGCCCUACUGGGCGAGGCUGAGUGACACCUCCUUGGGACACCUGCAGAGCCGCUGCACACGCCUCCAGAGGCUCAACCUUUCCUGGACGGGCAACCGGGGAGCUCUCACCCUGAGUAGCUUCAGCAGCUUCAUGAAGGUCUGUGGGCUUAGCCUGGUGUCCCUGGAACUGUCUUGCUGCCAUUUUCUGACCGAGGCCUGUUUGGAGGUCAUCGCCCAGACUUGUCCAGGGCUACAGGAGCUUAAUCUGGCCUCCUGCGAUCGCCUCAACCCGCAGGCCUUCACACACAUUUCAAAACUUACGCGCCUCCGCCGACUGGUGCUUUACCGUACCAAGAUCGGGCAAACUGCUAUUCUUAGCAUCCUGACUUUCUGCAUUGAGUUGAAACACCUCAACCUGGGGAGCUGUGUGAGGAUCGAAGAUUAUGAUGUUUUAGCAAGCAUGCUGGCUGCUCGUUGCCGCUCACUCUGUUCACUGGACCUUUGGCGAUGCAGAAACCUGACGGAUCGAGGCCUCAACGAGCUUGCCUCUGGCUGCAGAAUGUUAGAGGAGCUGGACCUGGGCUGGUCUCCCACACUGCAGAGUAGCACUGGAUGUUUUCAGCACCUUGCUCGCAGCCUUCCUCGCCUACGUAAACUCUUCCUGACUGCCAAUCGCACAGUCUGUGACUCAGACAUAGAGGAGUUGGCCACCAGCUGCCCCUUGCUACAGCACCUUGACAUACUGGGUACAAGGCUUGUGAGUGCUGCCUCAUUGAAGAAACUCCUCCAGUCAUGUCCGCAGCUGCUCCUCCUGGAUGUUUCCUUCUGCUCGCAGAUAGACACUCGGGUCAUCCAAGAGCUCUCCAGCCUCUUCCCCAGUGUAGCUAUCAAGAGGAGUUUCACACACUGACCCUAGCACGGUCUUAUUACUGCAGAAGAAGCAAACUGAGGCACAGCAGAUGCUGGAGAGAUACCUCUGGAUUACAGGAUCUUCUAUUAGUGGUAAGUAAGUAAGGCCGUUUAACUGGGUGAGAAAGUCCCUUGAACUGGAAUGGCACAGGAUGAAAAAAAAAAACAACCACGGACUCUCAUCUGAUAUGUGAGGCUUAAUUUAUUAUUUUUGGACAUCAGGGCUAUUGCAGUGAAGCAAUUGCAUCUUCCUGAAAUAUGAAUCGUGAGAAAGAAAUGUGACUUAUUUAUAAAAUGAUGCUUCACUAGCAGUAGUCAUGUUGGUAGAAAAAAAAAGACAAGUGUGAAAAUCAGUCUUUGUUUCAAACUGCAGGGAACGCAUCAGCAGGACGUUUUAUGAGCAACGAUCAGGUGCAGCUUUGGUUAGUGCCUUCUCAGAUUGACCAUUCGACAUGAAGGCCGUCAUACAUGGCGUCUGCUCCAUGCUUGUCAUAUGUUCAAAUUCAUUUUGAAUAUGAUCAUGAGGGAAGGAAGGCCUUAUUCCACACAGGUCUGUGGAUUAUUUCAGUGAAAAUGUAACCCAAGAAUUAGCAUUUAUUAAUGCCAUGGUUAUUGUUCACAGGACUAAUAUUAAACCUGUCAACAUUUCACCAGUUUGUAUAGUUGUAUCCAAAAUCAUUCAGUCAAAACGCAGUUGCUCUUUUAUAUCACAAAACCAGUCAUCUCUCCUAAUGUACAAUGUAUUUGUGCCUUAUAUUCUUGAUUAUAUUAUAGUGUACAGUAUUUAGUUUGACAUGUGCCCCUCAACCAAAGUGAUAUGGAGAUACCGGUCCUAUUUGUCACAAGCCUACCUUCUAGUUCAUAUGCCACAUACUGUGUGUAGCAGUGUCAAUUAUAAUGAAAAGUAUUUAUUUCUAUUUCUUUGCAAGGGUUUUAUUUUAAUGUACAUAUGUCUGUUUUAUUAUCUACUGAAAGACUAUUUAAUUUUGGGGAAUACAGGGCUUGGUAAAUGACUUGCUAUGAAUGACAAAGACCCAACUAAUGAUAUGAUUGUCAGGCAGCGCUAUCUGUGACAUUAUGAAAACAUCAAAAACACACAUUGUUGAUGUUCUAGUAGAAGACUCCUGUGUACUACCUACAGUUAGUUAUUGGUCUGUUUUUUUUUAGCAAUAUUCUUUUACAAUUACAGAUUUUAUGUUAAAUCCUUACAUGGACUGUCUUCUAAAUGCCAUGCAUAAUUGGCUUCACAUAAGCCAACAUAUCUGCUGUAUCUCGGUAUGUUGUAUUUGAUAUACAAUGUAUGCACCACACUGUUGUUUCUUUAAUAGAUCAUCUCAUCUCAACACAAGGAGAAUGCAGAACAUGUCAAUAAUAUGUAAAGCUUGACUGUUGGUUUAAGGUACUCUGUUGUAUUUAUACUUUAACAACAAUGUCGUACUGGAGAAAUCCUACUUUUGCUCAUCAUGUAGCAGCCAUUCCCAACCUUUUACUAUCAUGUGUACCCCUGGAAAACUUGAGUUCAUUUGAAGAUGCAAAAUAUGCAUUUAAUUUAAAUUUGAGUUAUAAAAAUAUUUAUUACCUUUUUUUGAAAAUUUUAAAAGAAUCGAUACCCAUUUUUUGUUUGAAAUGUUAUGUUGUAUUUACCAUUGGGAACCACAGAUAUACCAUAUAUGGCGUCAUUUCCAGUGUGUAACGCGCACCCACUACAUUUAGAAAGAAAAAGAAUUUUCUAUAUAUAAGCCAUAUACACCACACAUGUCCACAUCAUAAAACGGCAUCAAAUCUCACAAAAAGCUUAAUCCAUUGGGAAUCGCAGGAGGUCGUUACUGAAUAUUACAAUCUUGACUCACGGUUUCAUCUGACGAAGAACGCAAAAAUCAUCACACAGCAACUUAACACAACUUAACUUACCGUUUUCUCACCAACUCGCAAGCGGCGCAGUAUUUAAACAAUUAGUAGUAGUUCUGAAGUUAAGGGGAUGUCACGAGAUUAGAACAUAGCCAUAAAUUAGUCACAGGGUUGAAAAUUUAAGAAAAAAGUAGCGGCUUAUACACUGGAAAUAAUAAUAAUAAUAAUAGUAGUUAGUUUGACCACUUUAUUAUAUCAGUGCAAUAUUUGAACAACAACCCCCACCAUCCAGGAUGUGUCAUUCAUUUCUUUUCACAUUGUUUGGGCAUGCAUUGAUGCCCCCUCCCUCCCCAUUCUCCAGUUUGAUGGCCGCUGUUGUGUGAGAAGAUUGUUCCUCUGUGCUCAUGAAAGUGGGUGCUUCACUUGAAUGAGAUUUGAAAUAAAAUCCAUGUGUGUGA